AUGUUUAGUGUAUUUCAUACUUCUAAAAGUAAAACAUCAAGUAUUGACAAUAAUAAAUUGCGUUGUCACUCAACUAGACUUUCUCAAACAUAAUAUUCUUGUCCAAGAGUAAGUGAGGAGGAUAAAUUAUUGUUUGAGAACACUCAAUUAAAAUAUCAGCUUAAUUAAUUAGCAGAGGAUUUUAAAAUGUUUAAACUAAAAUAAUAAUAGAUGAAAGUAAAUAAAAUUCAUAAAUUUAGACUGGACAAAGUUUUAAUGAAGAAAUUUGUUUUUAAUUAUAGAACUUUCGAAAGUUAUAAACCCUAAACAAAUAGCUUGAAUUUGAAUUGUUAUAAAAGGUUAAAGACAUUGAAGAGAUGAAAAAAAUGAUGAGCCAUACUAAAUAGUAAGAAUUAUAAAUAGAAUGUAAGGAAUAUCAUUCAGAAUGUAUGCGAUUAAGAAAACAAAUUUAAUAGCUUAAUUAAUUGUUAAAUUAUAAAGUGAAUGGAGGAAAUUUUAAAGAUCUUUAUGAAGAUUUAGAAAAAAGACUUAAAAAAUUACAAGUUGAAACUAAAUAAUAAUAAUAACUAAUUUAAUAACUACAAUCUGAUAUCACGAGAUAUAAAAAUGAAAUCGAAAAAUUAGAGAUUGAAAAUAAACACUUUGAUCGAGAAAAUAAAAAAUAAUUACUAAUGAUAAGUUAAAUAUAAAUUCCUUAGCAGAAUAAAUUUAAAAAUAGAUUAUAAAUUUAUCGAGAUGAAGUUGAAAUUACAAGACUUUAGACAAAAAUUAUGGAUCUGUAAUAACAACUUGAAAAUCAGUAGAAUUCUAAGGAGUUGUACAUUUAAUAGCUUUAAAAAAUUAUCAGCGAAAAAGAUGAUUAAUUAUAAGUGUAUGAGUUAUCAAAUCAAAAUUUAAUAAUUAAAUAAGCAACAGAGACUUAAUAAUUGAUUCUAGAUGAAAAAUAUUAAAAGUGUGUAUAGAAUAUUAAAAGUGAAAAAUCUAUUUAGGAUGAAAUAAUCAAUGAUAUGCCAUCUUAAUUGAAUUUUUUAAGAUAGCCAAGUUUUCGUAAAAAAUUACAUAUGCUUGAUAAUCAGAAAUCAUUUUAAAUUGAGAUAACAAGUAUUCAGGGUUUUGAUUAAGAUUCAAUAUAAAAUGAAGAAGAUACAAAAGAACUAUCUGUUAAGACAGAAUAAAAAAUUGAAAAGCUGCCUAGAGUGAAUUACUAUGAAGUUAAAAUGAUAGGUAAAAAAUUGAAGUUUCAAUUCUAAUUAAACUCAAUCCCAUUAAGUUAUUUCGAUCAAUUGUUAAAUUAAUAUUAAGUUUCAUAACUUUCAAUUGAAAAUAUUUUAGAAUUUCUAUCCAAAGAGCCUUUCAUGAUGAAUGAUGAGAAAGAGAAGCUCUUAGUGGCUAGAUAUCUGGUUGAAGAUAAUUCAUAAGAUUAAGUUCUUUAUAGUUUAAAAAAUUCUAAUUCUAUUUCUAUAAUUAAAAGUGUUUUGAGAUAGUUAUUAGGUAAAUAUGAAUUGUUUUCUUUAACAGAAAAGACUAAUAUUGAAUAAAAUCUAAAAUAAAUUUUUACUAAAUAUUAAUACAAAAUCUUAGACACUUUAUAAUAAUUAGCAAUAAAGAAAAAUUAUUCAUAAUAAGGAGAGUGUGAUUCUUCUGAUUACGAGGCAACUUUAAAAUUUUGUGAAAUAUAAUUACUGUCUAGAUAAAUUGAAUAUAUUGAAAUGAUCAAUUAUAGUUUGUGUAAAAAUUUAGAGAAUAUAAAUUACAAAGCAUUACUCUAAUAUUUUUGCAACACUAAAUUAUGA